AUGAAACACAGCCACAGCUCCACACAUCCACUCAGGUUGUCCAUGGGCGCCUCGUCUCCUCUCAAAUCCUCAAAGUUCCCAUCAUCCUCUGCUUCUGCUGCGGCAAAACGUAUCGGCAGGAGCUCGUCGGGUGCCACCUCCAACCUCCGCAGCUCCGCCCUCAGCUCGCGAUUGGCCAGCUCCCUCAGCGAUCUGUACGCAUCACUCCCCGCUGGCUCCGCCCCCACGCCCCGUCUCUACGGCAACCGGCCUGAAGUAAACAACAACAACAGCCUCGUUAGCGGGCUCGUUAGCGCGCCAGGAGUGGGAGGGGCUCUGUACGCGGGGUCCUCUGUUGCCACGGCGACAGGGAAGAGCCGGGAGUGGGCUGGGCCUCACCGGGCGACAAGUGGCGUCCAUGGCGGCCUGAAGAGCGGGCGCUACCUCAGCCGCUCCAUCCCUGUAAGUGCUCAGCAGCAGCUCUGA